AAGUAAUUCACCAAAAAUGUUUAUUCUGCUGCCGCCGUGUGGACGUCGUCUCCAAAUGCGCACUUGGUGACUUGGAGAGAAGUAACGAGCUGCAGCUUUCCCCGCUGAGUCAAAACCUGAUAGUGCGCAAUUUUCCGUGACUCUUUUCUGCUCGUCACGGCUUUUCAAAACUAACAUUUUAAACCCACAGUUAUUUUUAGUCAUCUACGUCAAGUUUGUGUUUGUUCGAUUUUCCCUCAACCUUCAGUCUUAAAACCUUAAUUUGCGGUCCUCCUCACUGCUGUGCGUACUGCUCAUCUGUCGAGAAGCACCGCCUUCUUCUCCUGCAGUGGUGGAACUAUAUUCUCGAUCAGUAUGACACAUUUUUCAGGAUUUGCGCGAAGGUUCCAAAUGCUCCAGUUCUUCACUGAGAUGUUCUCCUGAGUUAAAGUUCACAUCUAGACGAAGGCUUUCCUGAGAAUUAUUCACCUGACAGCUCACAAUGGCUUCCAAUAUAAUUGUGGAGCAGCAGUUCUCUCACAAAUUCACAGUGACAGUGGUUCGAGCCGAAAGUGUCACCAAGGGAGCGCUGGGGGACCUGUUGGACACCCCAGAUCCCUAUGUGGAGCUGUUUAUCCCAACGGCCCCAGAGAGCAGAAAGAAGACCAAGCACAUAGACAAUGACAUCAACCCAAAAUGGAACGAGACCUUCCACUUCAUAUUAGACCCCAACCAGCACAACAUCCUGGAGUUAACAUUAAUGGACGCCAAUUAUGUGAUGGAUGAGACACUUGGGACGGCGACCUAUGACAUCACCAAGCUCAGCAUUGGCCAGACAAAGAUGGAGUCUUUCCUCAUUGGCAAAGCAACCAAAGUGUACUUGGAGAUGUCGCUGGAAAUCUGCACCAAACUGGAUCUGCGGUUCAGCCUGGCCCUGUGUGACAAAGAGAAGCAGUUCAGACACACCCGCAGAGAGAGAGUGAUGCUGGGCAUCAAGAAGCUGCUAGACAUGGAGAAGCCUCGUUUUCUCCCCAGUUCUCCGGCGGAGGUGCCAGUCAUAGCCAUAGCGGGCUCAGGAGGCGGUUUCCGUGCCAUGGUCGGCUUCUCAGGUGUGAUGAAAGCCCUGUUUGAGUCUGGGGUCCUGGAUUGUGCCACAUAUGUCGCCGGCCUCUCUGGAUCCACAUGGUACAUGUCUACUCUGUACUCACACCCAGACUUUCCAAAUAAGGGCCCAAAGGACAUCAACCCUGAACUGAUGAAGAGAGUUAGCAGUAACCCACUGAAGCUGUUGCUGCCCCAACACAUCACUAACUACAUCCAGGCCCUCUGGUCCAAAAAGGCUUCAGGGCAGCCUGUUACCUUUACCGAUAUCUUCGGUAUGCUCAUAGGAGAGACGCUUGUACCUGCGAGGAUGGACAUCAAACUGAGUGACAUCCAGGAGAAAAUAAACCAGGCUCAGAGUCCUCUUCCUCUGUUUACAUGUCUGCAUGUGAAGCCAGAUGUUUCUGAGCUCAUGUUUGCAGACUGGGUGGAGUUCAGCCCGUAUGAAAUUGGGAUGGCAAAGUACGGCACCUUCAUGACCCCCGACUUGUUUGGAAGCAAGUUCUUCAUGGGAACUGUCGUCAAGAAAUAUGAAGAGAACCCUAUUCAUUUUCUGAUGGGUGUGUGGGGCAGCGCCUUCUCCAUUCUGUUCAACAGAGUGCUGGGAGUCAAAGACACAGCUGGUGGCAGCACCAUGGAGGAGGAGUUAGAGCAGAUUAAACCACAGCACAUCGUCGGAGAAGACAUUCUGGACAAUGACGACGAGCCACGUAAAGGUGGGACAGAGAGCCAGGAGGCAGAAGACGAGUACCAUCGCACAGCUAAGGCUAGCUGGGGUGAACGAAUGUUCACAUCGCUCUUCAGUGACACAUCCUUAUUUAACACAAGAGAGGGCCGAGCUGGGAAGGUGCAUAACUUCAUGCUGGGCCUGAACCUGAACACCAGCAUGCCGUUCUCUCCGACCACUGAGGUGUCGUGCCAUGCUCCUACACCUGAGGAGGAGGUGGAUGCUGUCACAGACCCAGAUGAGUUUGAUCGUAUUUACGAGCCCCUGGAUGUGAAGAGCAAGAAGAUCCAUGUAGUGGACAGCGGCCUGACCUACAACCUUCCGUACCCUCUCAUCCUGCGGCAACAGCGCACGGUCAACUUAAUCAUCUCCUUCGACUUUUCUGCAAGACCCAGCGACUCCAGCCCUCCAUUCAAGGAACUCCUUUUGGCAGAAAAGUGGGCUCGGAUGAACAAGCUUCCAUUCCCCAAGAUCGACCCUAAAGUCUUUGACCGCGAGGGCCUGAAGGAAUGCUACGUCUUCAAACCAAAAAAAGGCGAAAAGAACUGCCCGACUGUCAUCCACUUUGUCCUGGUCAAUAUCAACUUCAGGAAAUUCAAGGCACCUGGUGUUCCCAGAGAGACAGAGGCGGAGAAGGAGUUGGCUGAUUUUGACAUCUUCGAUGACCCUGAGUCACCAUUCUCCACCUUUAACUUCCAGUACUCCAACGAGGCCUUCACCCGACUGCAUGACCUCAUGGAGUUCAACACUCUCAACAACCUGGAGGUGAUUAAAGACGCCAUCAAGGACUGCAUCGUGUCCCUGAAGGAGGAUCCCUCGUGCGUCUCUGUUCCCUUCUCCCUCAGUGCAAUCCCGAAAAAGAAGUAUCAUAAAAGAGAUUCUCGGGCAAAACCCUGGAGCCUCCUGGGAAAUGAUAACCAGUAGCCUGAUGGAAGACUCUGGAUAAAGCGGACUUUAGGGAUUUUUUUUGUAGACUCUUAAAGUAAAGCAUUUUCUUUUUGGAAAACGCCAUCAUGUUGAUCUCUUUUCUGUAUAUUAAUCAUACUCUUAAUUUUUAAAGAACCUUAAUGUUUUACUGUUAAAAAAGCCUCUUGAUUGCAUUCACAUACAACACAGUGAGAAUUUUUCAUCUGGCUCUAUUUGCACGAGUGCGACUGCUGGGAAAAACUGUUGGUGUUCAUUGACCACAAAGAGCUGAUGUUCAUAAUUCUCUGCUGACCGUGAGAACGAUGUUGAAAAUCAACACUUACUAAACACUGCAGUGGGACUUGAUUGUUACAGCAAACGUCUGGCUCCAUCACAAACAACAGGAUACUGUGAUCCCAUCUCUUGUUUUUCCAUUAACUGAGAAUCCCAAACUACGAUAUCUCUUAGUUCUUCACGAGUGAUGAUUGUCCUCGUGAGAUCUACGUGUUCAUUCACUUCUCUUAAAUGCAUAAUGUGAGAUUUCCAGUUACAACAUUCCCAAUUCAUGUGGACACCUUUUGCUUUCAGUUCUUGCUGCAUUUGCAUCUUUCCUGUCACUAUUUAUGCUGCCAUUUUAGAAUUUUCCUUGGAGCUGUGUGAACGUGCUGUUAAGCCUCACCUGUACCUGUAAAUGUUUAUUAGCUGAACUCUUUCCAUACUGACUACCGAGCAUGCAAAUUACUGUGUUUUUGUUUUUUUCUCCGGAUUGGCUCGUCUAAACACGUAAUCCUGUUUGAAAACGUGGAGCACGUAACCAUUGCUUUUGUUUGAUGGCAACUCCUAAACACGCCAAGUGCACCCCCUCUGGAUACCUCAAACAUCUCAAUGAUGCUUACCCACCUACAUGGUAAGAGCACUCCCUGCUUCCCGGUAGGGAGUGUCUGAUAUUAAAGCCACCAUUUUGGAAAAACAAAACCUGAUGCCAUAGAAACAGCCCUGCUUCUUCUCUCCUUCUUUCUUUCUCUUUAUCUCUAGGUGUGUUGAUUUUCCUGAUCAUGUUGUUUCAGGCUGCCUUUUAGAUACCGCAACAGUUUGUUUUUCUCAAGCCAUUUCCUCCUGCAGCAAACCCAACUCGCUACAGAACGCCCCAAAUGCCCCACUGCGAUAAAGUGGAGCGUGGGUCAGGUUGGGUGGAGGUGGUGAGUGUGAUCAGGAGACCUGCUCGCCACUGAAAACGAUGGCUCUCUGCAGCACACAGUGGAAUUUUACACACUACACCUACACCUGCAGCAGUGGAGGCCUGGAAUCUGACACACUACACCUAUACCUGCAGGGGCCCAAAGGCUGCACACACAGCAGUGGAAUUUUACACUGAAGCACUUCCAACCCCUCUAUGCUCAUGUUUCAGCCCCCGCUGUUUGGAAGAAAAACAAACAAACAAAAAAAGGCGUUCUGCAGUCAUGCUUCAAGGAUUCAUGACCCACAAACUUUUGCUACUUGCCUUUGUGAUGAUAUUUCAACAGAUUUGUGUCUGUUUUUGCAUGUUAACAGCAAUGUCUUCUGUAAAGAAAUGUUUAUUCGCUCUCUUUUUUUUGACACCACUCUUUUAUCUGUUACAUAAAGAGCCGAAGUCAUGAUGUCACAUCACUAGCCUCUGUUCUACAAGCCUCUGUAAUUGUUUUUGUGUGUGGUUUAAGCUGGGGGACACACGCACACACACAAAACAUGGCUGAGGUCAGAACAAAGAGGAGGAGAAGGGGGAAGGCAGCAUGUAAAGCCUCUCAUUAAGGCGAGGUGAUUGCACCUUGGGAGGGCAGUUCCUUUCCAGGCAGGAGUGCUGGUCAUGUCUUUUCUGCCUCAGGUCUGAUCAUGUCAUCGCUGACCGUAACUCACUGCAGUGUCUCAUUCAGCAUUUCCUUCAUGGGCCAAGAAAUACUGAACUUAAACUGAAAUUAAACAACUCACAGUUAACAUGAAAUACUUCCUAAUUUUCUGAUGUCAGACACCUCGUUUCCAGUCAGCUUUGUGGAGUGGAUGGAUUCUAGCAUCUGGUUAUGGUUUCCAAUUAGUUAUUUGAAUUUAAUUGCUAUCUCUGCUUUCUUUUAACAUGUUCACUCCACGCCUCUUUUGUGGAGUGAUGACCUUUUAGCUCACAAAGGUUGGUUAAUGGGAAAUGGUGUUUGAUCAAAGGUCACUAAAAAAGACACAUAUUAAGUGGCAAUGUUAGAUUGUUUUUCAAAAUGUCAGUGGGAUAUUGAAGGAGGUCCACUUUAACCCUAGGCUAAGCUGGUUAGUUUAGGUCAGGUCAGCAUAAAGCCUGGAAACAAGGGUAAACAGCUAGCUUGUCCAUAUAAUAUGUUGUGAGCUUUAGGGGUGCUGGUGGAAAGACCUUGUUGCCUUUGGACACACAGACUAGCUGUUUCCCCAAGUUUUCAGCCUUUAGCUAAGUGAACUGGCUGCUGGCUGUAGCUCUAAAUGUAAAAGACAGGCAUGAGAGUGGUACCAAUUUUUACAUGUAGUUGAAUUUGCAAAAAAAGCAAUAAGCACAUUUUCUGAGAUGUUUAAAUACUCCUCUAAGUUUAGACUCAAAGCUUUUUUCUGAAACUCUGUGAGCAUUCAUGUUACACUUUAUUCUUAGAAGUUUUCUAUUUUUCAUUGUAGCAUAAGUUUAGUUAAGCAUACACAAGCUGUAGCGAUUUUUUUUUUUUUCUAACGUUAUUUUUGUCAUAUUACAUUUUCAUGAUCUUUGACAAUGUUUACAAAUGUGUAAGAUGCUAAACGGUCAGUUCGAGGGAAUCAAGAUGUAACUGUUUGUAUAAUGACUGGCAAACACAAUACAUAAUGUUUAUGUGCAUUGUGAAUAAAAGGAAAAAGGACGAUCAUAAAAAAGAGAAAUGGUCU